CUGCGUCCACUGCGUCGUCGUUCAACCAGCUAUCCCUCCAGUAAAAUGUCUUCUCAGAACACGGACCCGGCCGCCGCCGCCUCUACGGCCGCCCUGAAGGGCAGCGAGGCCGGCGGUAGCGCAGACCGAGGCUCGGUGACGAAGAGAUUACAGCAGGAGCUGAUGACUCUUAUGAUGUCGGGUGAUAAGGGAAUCUCGGCUUUCCCGGAGUCGGACAACCUCUUCAAGUGGAUCGGAACCGUCGACGGAGCUGUAGAAACAGUGUACGAGGGGCUGCGCUACAAGCUGUCCCUGGAGUUCCCCAGCGGUUACCCCUACAAGGCGCCGCGGGUCAAGUUCGUCACGCCCUGCUUCCACCCCAACGUGGACGAGCAGGGCUUCAUCUGCCUGGACAUCCUGAAGGACAAGUGGUCGGCGCAGUAUGACGUCAGGUCCAUCCUGCUGUCCAUACAGUCGCUGCUAGGAGAGCCUAACAACGACAGUCAUCUGAACGUGGCCGCUGCGGAACUAUGGGACAACCAGGAGGGUGAGUCAUAAACUACUGCUUGUCUC